GGGCGGGGCAGACCUCGUGACAACUUAACAACGCGUCUCUCUUUUCGAUGCUGAUGAGCUCUACCUGGACGUUGGACAGCUUGAGGGAGCGUCGACUACCCCACACGGUAUGUCUCUGAGACACGUUCUGCUUUCGUGUGCCAAAGUCCGCCUGGGUAUUGCCGCUCUGAGUUUCGUCGGUUUCGUGGUGUUUCUGGUCGUGUGUCUCCGACCGCCGCCGUCUAUGUUGAUCCCGAACCUCCCGCACACCGGCCAUAAGCUCUCUGUUGUCAUUCUGCCCACAACCGCCGCUACAUCGGAGACCAAUCUCUCCCGCCUCGUGCUGCAGGCCAGCCUCCCUAUUCUCGCUGCUCACCUGGAGACAGAGUUCAUAGUGGUGGCCCGACCGGGGAAGAAGGUGGAGGAGGCGGUGAAGCCACUGAGGGAGAAGGGGAGCCACGUGGAGCUGGUGUCUCCACAGCCGCUGCCCAUGCACACUCUCAGCCAGGCCUUCAACAAAGCCCACUUCAGUCAGAUACUAGUGUAUGGUGACGAUAGAGUUCCCAUGCAGCAAGUGAUAUCGGAGCUGGUCCAGCCAGUUAUUGGAGGGAAAGUGGACAUGGCCAUGGCAGAAUACAGCGACAAGUCCUCCCUCCUCUCUCUCCUCUCCUACCCCAUCGCUGGUCACCUGGCCUCCAGCUCAAACUCUACACUCUUCUCUCUUCACACUGCAGUCUGGCAGAAAGAUUGUCACGAUGUGUCCCUGACUGCCUCCAGCCCAAGUCUGGAGCUCCUGGCCAAGUGUGACUUGGACAGUUUCUCUUCUCUUGCCCUCCAUCUCCCCAGUCUCCACCAAGACCACCUCAGAAUACUUGCACAGGUUCAUCUCCUCUACUGGCAGCUGCACCCCAUCUGGUGCUCUCUUCUCUCUCUCGUGGUGGGGGUGAUAGUCCUAACGACGGUGUGGCAGGCGUGGAGAAAGAACUCUGUCGCUUCAAAGAAACAACCCUCGCGGACACUACAUGCUAUUAUAGCUUGAAAUCUUCACCAUCAUUUUAGAGUCAUCUUUAUUUCCUUGUUUAUUGUCACGUGUGUGUGUGUGAGGUAAAGCAAACCUCUUGACGCAGUGCCCCUCCAUCUUGCGCAACGACCUACCAUACAGCACCACAGUAUACAGUACCACAGUAUACAGUACUACGUCAGUAUAAAUCUCGAUGAUAGAGCACCAUAGCAAGAGUCACAAUACAGUCUCAUUGUUGGUCCGCGACGGUAGCUAGUAUUCCUGACUCGGAGCACAGUCUAUUGAGACAGCCGUCGCUCUCUCCCAUCCCUCGAAUGAACCCUGAGACGACAAGGUGUUUCAGGUUGCCGUUCAUUCGCCCCGUCUUUUCGUCCACCUCAGCGAUGGCUAUCUGGACGCUGGCGUGGUCCUUGGCGCCGACGAUCCGCCCACUUGCCGAGCACUUUCUUGGUAUGUACGUGUCUACCACCUCUCCACUCUCGUUCUGCAUCUUUCCCCAGGUCCUGUGGGUGUCGUGGCGGCGUGUGUCCUUCGUUUUUGUGCGCAUG